CUCCAGGCAGUGAUGGCGGAGGUGGACGAGACCGAGAUCAUGAUGAACUACCACGAAGACUUCUUGAAAAGCGACAACAAAAACAGCCGCUACCCGUACUGCAUCGUCUGGACACCUAUUCCUAUUUUAUCGUGGGUGCUCCCCUUCAUUGGUCACAUGGGUAUAUGCACCUCUUCUGGAAUCAUACGAGAUUUUGCAGGGUCAUACUUUGUAUCGGAAGACAACAUGGGCUUUGGUAGACCAACAAAGUAUUGGAAGCUUGAUGUGGACAAAGUCUGUGGCAACGGUGCUGCCACAUGGGACAAAGCGGUGCAUGACGCCUCUGAGGAGUACAAAUGUAGGCCGCACAAUCUGUGCUUAGACAACUGCCAUUCCCACGUUGCAAUGGCCCUCAACCUUAUGCACUACGACAACAGCACCUCUUGGAACAUGGGGAACCUGUGUGCGCUGUCUCUCGCUCGUGGAAAACAUGUGAACUGGGCUGCGUUCCUCAAGACCUGGCUCCCCUUCUUCAUGCUCUGGGGAGUCCUCGUCACGUUCAUCCUGACGUUCAACCUCCAGUAGUGGAGUGAGAAGCUUCCACGAGGGAUGACUCAUAGACUUUGGUUGUACUUUAUAUAUUGUUAUUGUUAUUGUCGAUGUGAAUGAUGGUGAUCUGUAUCGACGGGACGUUUAUUUGUACAAAACAUUUCAAAUUAAGGACUUUGUUGUGUGUUAGUGGUGUAGCGCUCUCGGAGGGCAUUUAAGGGCAAACCCUUGUUUGUGUUCAGUUUUGAAAUCAAAAUGAUGUUUUGACAGUUGAACGUGUUAAUUUAGUAGGUGGAUAUGCUCCAGUGUCUUCAAAAUUCACCGUCACAGUUGUUUUACGCAGUGGGUUCUGUGUUUGUGUUUCGCUUAUUCAGAAUUAUACGAGUAUUACGCCACAGUGGAGCAAUACGGUUGAAUCCAGAGAUGUACUUUUUCCAAGAUUAGCAGUGAUAAUUAUGUUUUAGCACUGGCUCAUGCGCAUUUCCGUUAUGAAUCACCACCGAAUAGAUCAAGAAAUCUUAAUGCUGCAGUAUUCAUCAAUUAUUUGUCUAAGAGAUAUGAGCCGCUAUACCAAAGAUAUAUGAGGAAGGACACACACGUGUAAAAAAUGGCAGUAUUGCUGCCGUAAAAAUAAAAAGCCCUCCUUCAUUCAAUUGUCUUUCCUCUUGUGUAU